AUGUCCUACAAUCCACCAAUGAGUUUCUCCGAGAGGAGAGGGGCCGUCUUUAACGAGGAGUUGUCGCUGAAUACACAUCAUGGCAUCAAGAGCCUGGCGCAACCGCGUCCCAGAGGGCCACCAACACCGAGUAUGAGCACGCCCGCGGCAGACUUCGAUCAGGUUACCGGCUCUCCACCACCUCCACCCACGCCGGCGGCAUCCCCAGGACCAUCCAACUCGAGGCCGGAUUGGAAGAGCGCCGACGAAACCGAGGAGGCCUACCUUGCUACAAUUCGCCAGUACUUUGUCAAGUGCAACAGUGCUCAGAGGGGGCGGCUGCUGUCUGAUCUGCUGAACCUCUGCACCAGUCAACAGCUGAGCUUUGUGCACCAGUUUGUCAGCCCGCUGCUGAAGAAGGAUCCAUUCACUACUCUCCCAGAUGAACUGUGUCUUAGAAUCCUCUCGUUCAUCGACGAUCCCAAGGUGCUUGUGCGCGCAUCGCAAGUGUCCCGAAGAUGGCGGGAUUUGCUGAGUGAUGACAUGACGUGGAAGAAUCUAUGCGUAAAGCACGAUUAUCAGCGUAGGAUGUCGGAAGUCCAGGCUAUGCGGGCAGAACUCUACGGUCAUGCUCAGCGAGACGACGGUGCGGCCACCGGGGACUGUUCCGGCGCGCUCACGUCCAACUCGCUACCCGCGUCGUUUGGAAGCAGCACCGGCGCGCGGCCGAGGCUCACGUCGUACAAGUCACACUUUAAGCAGAGAUAUCUGGUUGAUGUGGCUUGGAGGACGGGCGGGCGGAACAUCUCCAAGAAUCUCACCCAGGAUGGCGGCGUGGUCACGAGUCUGCAUUUGACCUCCAAGUACAUCAUUGUGGCUCUUGAUAAUGCCAGGAUCCACGUGUUUGAUACCGAAGAAACGCGCUUCGCACCCUGCAGGGCCAUAAACUGCCUGCAUACGCUUAGGGGUCACACCUCCACGGUCCGCUGUCUUAAGAUGUCAGAUGCCAACACGGCCAUUUCCGGAUCCAGAGACACGACCCUUCGGGUUUGGGAUAUCAGAAACGGCACACUGAUCAAGCUGCUUGUCGGCCACCAGGCCAGCGUCCGGUGUUUGGAGAUCAAGGGUGACAUCGUGGUGUCUGGCAGUUAUGAUACCACCGCCAAGGUGUGGAGUAUUUCCGAAGGUCGCUGCCUUCACACGCUUUCGGGGCAUUACAGCCAAAUCUAUGCAAUCGCCUUUGAUGGCUACCGGGUGGCGACUGGCAGUCUUGACACUAGUGUCAGGAUCUGGAAUGCGCAAACAGGGUAG